AGCUUAUGCCACGGAAUGGAAAUCAAUGUGCAUUCUUAUCAAGAGCUGUGCCUUCAAGGACCUCAUGAACUCUAUUUUAAGGACCUUUCUAAAAGAAAAAAACAAGUCAUGGAGAAGAAUGGGAAUAACCGGAAGCUUCGGGUUUGUGUUGCUACUUGCAACCGAGCUGAUUAUUCUAAACUCGCACCAAUCAUGUUUGGCAUUAAAACGGAACCUGAGUUCUUUGACCUUGAUGUGGUGGUACUUGGCUCUCACCUGAUAGAUGACUAUGGAAAUACAUACCGCAUGAUUGAACAAGAUGACUUUGACAUUAACACCAGGCUACACACGAUUGUUAGAGGGGAAGAUGAGGCAGCCAUGGUCGAGUCAGUAGGCCUGGCCCUAGUGAAGCUACCAGAUGUCCUUAAUCGCCUGAAGCCUGAUAUCAUGAUUGUUCAUGGAGACAGGUUUGAUGCUCUGGCACUGGCAACGUCUGCUGCCUUGAUGAACAUCCGAAUCCUUCACAUUGAAGGUGGGGAAGUCAGUGGGACCAUUGACGAUUCUAUCAGACAUGCCAUAACAAAACUGGCUCAUUAUCAUGUGUGCUGCACCCGAAGUGCAGAGCAGCACCUGAUAUCCAUGUGUGAGGACCAUGAUCGCAUCCUUUUGGCAGGCUGCCCUUCCUAUGACAAACUUCUGUGUGCCAAGAACAAAGACUACAUGAGCAUCAUUCGGAUGUGGUUAGGUGAUGAUGUAAAACCUAAAGAUUACAUUGUUGCUCUACAGCACCCUGUGACCACUGACAUUAAGCAUUCUAUUAAAAUGUUUGAGUUAACACUGGACGCACUUAUCUCAUUUAACAAGCGGACCCUAGUUCUGUUUCCAAACAUUGAUGCAGGGAGCAAAGAGAUGGUUCGAGUGAUGCGGAAGAAGGGCAUUGAGCAUCAUCCUAAUUUUCGUGCAGUUAAACAUGUCCCAUUUGACCAGUUUAUACAGUUGGUUGCCCACGCUGGUUGUAUGAUUGGGAACAGCAGUUGUGGGGUACGAGAGGUUGGAGCUUUUGGAACACCUGUGAUCAACCUAGGAACACGUCAGAUUGGAAGAGAAACAGGGGAGAAUGUCCUUCAUGUCCGGGAUGCUGAUACCCAAGACAAAAUAUUGCAAGCACUGCACCUUCAGUUUGGUAAACAGUACCCUUGUUCAAAGAUAUAUGGAGAUGGAAAUGCUGUUCCAAGGAUUUUAAAGUUUCUUAAAUCAAUUGAUCUUCAAGAGCCACUACAGAAGAAAUUCUGCUUUCCUCCUGUGAAGGACAAUAUCUCUCAAGACAUUGACCAUAUUCUUGAAACUCUGAGUGCCUUGGCUGUUGAUCUUGGUGGGACGAACCUCCGAGUUGCAAUAGUCAGCAUGAAGGGUGAAAUAGUUAAGAAGUAUACUCAGUUCAAUCCUAAAACCUAUGAAGAGAGGAUUAAUUUAAUCCUUCAGAUGUGUGUAGAAGCUGCAGCAGAAGCUGUAAAACUGAACUGCAGAAUUUUGGGAGUAGGUAUUUCCACAGGUGGCCGUGUAAAUCCUAGAGAAGGAAUUGUGCUGCAUUCAACCAAACUGAUUCAAGAAUGGAACUCCGUGGACCUCAGGACCCCCCUGUCUGACACUUUGCAUCUCCCGGUGUGGGUAGACAAUGAUGGCAACUGUGCCGCCAUGGCAGAAAGGAAAUUUGGCCAAGGAAAGGGCCUGGAAAACUUUGUGACAUUUAUUACAGGCACAGGAAUUGGUGGGGGAAUCAUCCAUCAGCAUGAAUUGAUCCAUGGCAGCUCCUUCUGUGCUGCAGAACUUGGCCACCUUGUCGUGUCUCUAGAUGGACCUGAUUGUUCCUGUGGAAGCCAUGGGUGUAUUGAAGCAUAUGCCUCUGGAAUGGCCUUGCAGAAGGAAGCAAAAAAGCUACAUGAUGAAGACCUGCUCUUGGUGGAAGGGAUGUCAGUGCCAAAAGACGAAGCUGUGAGUGCACUCCAUCUUAUCCAAGCCGCAAAACUUGGCAACGUGAAAGCCCAGAGCAUCUUGAGAACAGCUGGAAAAGCUUUGGGUCUUGGUGUUGUGAACAUCCUCCACACUGUGAAUCCUUCCCUUGUGAUCCUCUCUGGAAUCCUAGCCAGUCAUUACAUCCACAUUGUCAAAGAUGUCAUCCGCCAGCAAGCCUUGCCCUCCGUUCAGGAUGUGGACGUGGUGGUGUCGGAUUUGGUGGAUCCUGCCCUGCUCGGCGCCGCCAGCAUGGUUCUGGACUAUACAACACGCAGGAUCUACUAGGCUUCCCAGGAGUGGACGUGGGCCAAGACUCUCAGGUUGUCUUUUAGAUGUGCAUUUUUAUUUUUAUUUUUUGUAUUAAU